AUGAUUCACGGUGGUGCUUUGACACGUGUCGCUUUCGGCCUAGCCGCUUUCCUCCUCCUUGCCGUCGUUCGUAGCCAGGAGGGAUGCAGCAAAAGCUGCAUUGUACAGAAUUGCAACAGUAUGGGCAUUCGUUAUGGGAAGUAUUGUGGGAUAGGAUACUUUGGAUGUCGUGGAGAGGCACCUUGUGAUGAUCUUGAUGCUUGUUGUAUGACCCAUGACAAUUGUGUUGAUUUAAAAGGUAUGACUUAUGUGAACUGCCAUAAGCAAUUCAAGCGUUGCGUAAACAAGGUAAACAAAUCAACAAAACAAUCUAAUGGCCAAAAGGUUGGAUUUUCCACACAAUGCCCUUAUUCGAAGGCGAUACCAACCAUGUAUAAUGGAAUGGACUACGGCAUUUUCUUCAGUGGAAUUGGUAAUAUCUUUAAACCUCCGGUUCCAGGAAGCAAACCCGUCGUGGAGGUGAAUCUUGCUCGGAGUGGAGCGGACACAAAGAGUGGCCUUGGAACAAAAGUUGGCGUUCAAACAAAAGAAGGUUACAUCAGCAUCGAUUGUGGCGUAUAUUCAAGCGGUUUCGAGAAAGACAGUGUUACUGGUAUCACUUACGCCUCCGAUGAUGAUUUCAUAACCACUGGCGUAAAUUUCAACGUCUCUGAAGAAUACGGUUACCCGAAAAACCUGAAUUUGCCCUACCUUCUUGGUGACGUAAGAGCUUUCCCUCAAGGAAACAGAAACUGCUACUCGUUAAAACCUUCAAAGGCAAAAGAUAAUUUCUAUCUCAUCAGAGCCUCUUUUAUGUACGGAAACUACGAUGGUGGUGUCAACGAGAAAGCUUUGCCCGAAUUCGACCUCUACCUAAACGUAAAUUUCUGGUCGACAGUGAGAUUCAAGAAUGCUUCUGAGCAAGUGUACAAAGAGAUACUAACCUUUUCAGAGUCAGAGAAAAUAUAUGUUUGCCUUGUGAACAAAGGUAAAGGAACUCCUUUCAUCUCAGGCUUGGAGCUCCGGCCAGUGAACAACUCAAUCUACGGUACUGAAUUUGGAAGAAAUGUCUCGUUGGUGCUCUAUCAGAGAUGGGACACAGGUUACUUAAACGGAACAGGACGGUACCAAAACGAUGUGUAUGAUCGUCUUUGGUCUCCUUACACUUCUGUCUCUUGGAACUCAAUCAAGACAACUGGUUAUAUCGAUAUUUUUCAGAGCGGCUAUAGGCCACCAGAUGAAGUUAUUAAGACAGCUGCUUCGCCUGACAGCGAUGAUGAUCCGUUGGAAUUUUUCUGGACAUCAGAGGAUCCAAACACUCGGUUCUACGCAUAUCUUUACUUUGCUGAACUCCAAACGCUCGAGAAAAAUGAGAGCAGAAAGAUGAAGAUAUUGUGGAACAGCUUCCCUGUUUCCGAAGCUUCUAUUGUUCCUUCUUCAAUGUAUUCGAUGACUUUGUCUAAUUUAAAAGCUUUCACUGGUAAAGAUCACCGGAUCUCUGUUCAGAAGGCGGCAGAUUCAACACUUCCACCUAUUCUCAAUGCUAUAGAGAUAUAUACUGCACAGUCUCUGGAUGAAGUUCCCACCGCAACUGAAGACGGUGUGUUUCCAUCUCUGUCUAGAUACUGUUUGAUCUCUACUCAAACUCACGUUUCUUUUCUUGUUAAUGCAGUUCAGGCGAUAGAAAGCAUAAGAGCAACUUAUAAAGUGAAAAAAGUUUGGAGUGGUGAUCCUUGCUCUCCAAGACUGUUCCCUUGGGAAGGUAUUGAAUGCAGCUACAACAAUCCGAAUCAUCGAAUCAAGUCCCUGAAUCUUAGCUCAAGCGGAUUACAUGGACCAAUAGCCUCGGAAUUUAGAGAUUUGUCCCUUCUUGAGUCAUUGGAUUUAUCGGACAACGACCUACAGCAAAAUGUGCCUGAUUUUUUAGGUGAUCUUAAACAUUUGAAGUUCCUAAAUCUGAAAGGGAAUAAGUUUACCGGAUAUAUCCCAAAGUCUCUUAUGAAAAAGUCAAAGGACCGUGUACUAGCACUCAGUGUGGAUGAUCAAAACAUUUGUAACUUAAGUUCGUGUCAAGAGAAGAACAAAAACAACGUGGUCGUGCCAAUAGUUGUAGCAACGUCAGUGAUCGUUCUCAUUGUGGUCCUAGUUAUCAUAUGGAUCGUACUAAGGCAAAGAAAAAGAGGAGGCAAUUCAGGACCAGGACCACUCUUGCCUGCAGGGAAGAGAAGGUUCACAUAUAGUGAAGUCUCUAGCGUUACAAACAACUUCAAUAAAGUGAUUGGUAAAGGAGGUUUUGGUAUUGUCUACCUCGGUUCACUUGAAGAUGGGACUAAAAUUGCUGUAAAGAUGAUUAAGGAUACUCCAUCUACAAUAUUAUCUAAAGGAUCAUCACCAUCAUCAUCCCAUUUUUCCAAAGAAUUCCAAGUUGAGGCAGAGCUUCUUUUGACAGUCCAUCAUAGGAACUUAGCCUCGUUUGUUGGAUACUGCGAUGAUGAUCGAAGUAUGGCUCUCAUCUAUGAGUACAUGGCCAAUGGAAACUUGCAAGAUUAUCUUUCAAGUGAGAAUGCAGAGGAUCUUAGCUGGGAGAAGAGACUCCAUAUAGCUAUAGACGCUGCACAAGGAUUGGAGUAUUUGCACCAUGGAUGCAGGCCACCAAUAAUACACAGAGAUGUUAAAACAGCAAACAUUCUAUUGAACGAUAACUUGGAAGCCAAGAUUGCUGAUUUUGGAGUUUCUAAGGUCUUCCCUGAGGAUGAUCUCAGCCAGGUCGAGACUGCCGUCAUGGGAACUCCCGGCUACAUCGAUCCUGAAUACUACAGGACAUUUAUGCUGAACGAGAAGAGCGACGUGUACAGUUUCGGUGUCGUGCUUCUUGAACUCAUUACCGGCCAGCGAGCUAUCGUUAGAAACGACGACGGAGACAAAAUCAGCGUCGUCCACUAUGUGGAGCCUUUCUUCGAGAUCGGAGACCUUGACAGCGUCGUGGACCCACAGCUUCGCGACGACUUCUCAUCGGACUCAGCCUGGAAAUUUGUGGAGGUCGCAAUGUCUUGCGUCAGGGAGAAAGGAUCAAACAGACCAGCAAUGAACCAGAUCGUGUCUGAUUUACAACAGUGCUUAGCCGCUGAGCUGGAUCGCGAGCCAUGA